AUGGUACGAACACGAAAUGCAGACAAGGCUGUAAAGGCCGAGGGGAAAGAAGAGCAGAUCGUCGAGCAGGCGACCGAAAACGACAACACUCACGAAGCACACGUUGAAGCACCCGAGACGAAUACCAAGGCCCCUUUAGAGGAAAAGAAAGAUGACGCUGCUCCCAAAGCGAACGAUAGAAUGGCUAGAUUCAAAGCCUUGCAAGCCCGAGCUAAAUCCGCGACAGAACGCAACUUGAAAGAAACCGCAGCUGAGUCUCAGCGCUUGACUACCGAUCCUGCUCUGUUAAAUAACUUGUCCCGCAAGCAUGCAUUCGCUUCACACAACCUCCUCAAAGCAGACACAGAAGCGGCUGGAGAAGACUUUGAGCGCAAGCGCGCAUGGGAUUGGACAGUUGACGAGUCAGAAAAGUGGGACAAGCGCAUGGGGAAGAAGCAGCGCCACCGAGACGAUGUGGCAUUUAAGGAUUAUUCUCAGGAUGCCCGCAAGGUGUACAAGAGACAGUUGAGAGAUCUGCCGCCCAAUUUGGAAGCAUACCAGAAAGACAAGAUCGCUGCUAUUGAAAGAGCUGCUGCCAACGGUGAUCUUGAGAUCGUGGAGACCGAAGACGGCGAAAUGAUCGCAAUCGACAAGAACGGGAGCUUCUAUUCUACUGCGGAUUCAACCGGCUUUACAGACAGCAAACCAGAUCGUGCUGCUGUUGACAGACUGGUCGGUGAUAUCCAGAAGGCCGAGGAAGUGCGCCUCAAGAAGCGCAAGGAGCGUCGUGGUGGCGAUGAUGAUUCGGAUGUGACAUACAUCAACGAGAAGAACAAGCAGUUCAACCAGAAGCUGGCUCGCUUCUAUAACAAGUAUACAACCGAGAUUCGGGACAGCUUCGAACGUGGCACUAUGAUCUAA